AUGGCAACAGCAAGGGCACAGAACGAUAUGACAUCAUCAUCUUCAUCGGCUACUCAAUCAUCAACUACAAUAUCAUCAUCACCAUCAUCGAAUUCCUCUAUUCCACUUGUUCCAUCAUCAUCUUUGAACGCACAUCAUACAGGUGGUCACAUAACAUGUGUUAUAAUUGGGGAUGCUGGCGUAGGAAAAUCUUCAUUAGUAGUUAGUUAUACAACAAAUGAUUUUCCAACACACUAUGUACCAACUGCAUUUGAUAAUUAUUCUGUUGAUAUUUCAGUUGGUACUCGACUUGUUCAUUUCGACAUUUGCGAUACUGGAGGAAAGGAACAAUUUUCACCUUUGCACGGUCUAUGUAUUCCAUACAGUGAUGUUAUAUUACUAUGCUUCAGUGUUGUAAACCCACAAUCAUUUCAAAAUGCAGUCACAUAUUGGUUAUCACGAGCACGACGUUCAAAUUCCAAAAUUCCAAUUAUACUCGUUGGUACACAAAUGGAUCUUCGAUCAGAUCUAAAAACUUUAUUAAUACUCGAUCAACAAAAAUUAAAGCCGGUGACUGAAAAAGAAGCUCGCGCGCGUGCUCAACAGAUGCACGCUUGUACCUAUAUUGAAUGCUCAGCAUUAACUGAAAAAAAUCUAAAAACUGUUUUCGAUACAGCUGUUCUAGCAGCUAUUGAAUAUCGCGAUGGAAAUGUAUCGGCAACAGAAUCAUCAACAUCGAUUUUACCAUUAAUCGAACAACAACAACAACAACAAGAUCAAACAACGAAUAAACAACAGCAACGACGAACACGUCAUCAUAAUCAUUCACUGUCGAUGAAAGCUUGGAGAAGACUAGUAUCGGGUUGUAUUGGUGUUUGA